AUGGCUUCAACCCGCUCUGUUCCUCGUCGCGCUCCAACUAAUCUCUCUUCGCCGUCACCGUCCCAGCCUCGACCUCCACCUGUAAUUUCUGUCGAAGAAUGGGAAAGCAAAGCGCCAUUGGGAGAGCUUGAGACGCGUAGUGUCGCCUUAAUCAAGGAGGCCAGCGAGAAGUUGCCGUUACCACUGAAAUUCCAAACUGACGAUCUCAGUCAUUCGAGACCAUCGACUCCGCGCUUGAGAUUUACUGGAUCCAGGCCCGGUACGCCAGUCCAAGCGGGCUCGAGCAAGCUAGCAGCCCAAGCAGGAUCAUCUUCGCAUGCGCUCCACCCCAAACAACCGAUCCAAACACUAGAACAGUUCUACGAUUGGUUUGCCCUCAUCGACAGGUCGGUUACUCACAGUCAGGAAGCUCACUUCCGUGCGCACCUCGCAGGUGUCUCGCAGCACCUCGACGAGUGCGACUUCCUUGUUGAGAGGAUUGAGGAGAUUGACAAGGAAGUCAGUGACAUGCUUAAAGGUUGGCGGAGCGUAGAAGAGGGUGGCAAGAGUCUGAAGGAAGCCUGCGAGAAACUGUUAGAAGAGAGGGACAGGCUUCUCGACAUAACGGACAAUAUUGGCGCGCGAUUAGAAUACUUCCAAGAGCUGGAACAUGCUACGCGAAUGCUCAACCACCCAGGCGAAUCACUCGUUUUGCAAACCGACUUCCUGUAUAUGGUCGAACGCGUCGGCGUUUGCAUUGACUUCCUCAAGUUGCAUCGGCAUUAUAAAGACGCAGAAGUAUACCUUCUACGUUUCCAACAAUGCAUGACCCGUGCUAUGACGCUCAUCAAGAUGUUCUUCGUUGGCUCGCUACGCGCUUUAUCUUCUGAUGUCUCCAAGAAGCUUUCAGAGAGAGAAAUUUCUAGCACUGCUAGUACCCAUCUCCUUUACACCCGGUUUCACACUGUUUCCACACAGGUAGCGCCGCUGAUAGGAGAGCUCGAGCGCAGAGCCGAGGCGCAUCCAGCAGAGCUUUCUACUCUUCUAUCUGAAUGCCACGCAGCCUAUUUUAGUACGCGCAAGACCCUGCUUGUCGGGCGAGUGGUUGAAGAAAUCCGGGGCUUAGAUCCUGUAAGGACGGAGUUGGUCGAGCUGACGAGAGCUGGAUGUAGUUACCUCAAGCAACUUUGCACCGACGAAUUUGUGCUAUAUCGAGAAUUCUUCAGUACUGGCGAGGACCAGCUUUAUUCGUACCUAGAGAACCUUUGCGACUACUUGUACGACGAUCUUCGCCCCCGCAUUCUGCACGAGCCCAGACUUACAGCACUAUGCGAAGUCUGCACCGUAUUACAAGCACUCAUGGUGCUAGACGUUGUGGAUGACGAACUCGUCGACGACAGCGACAGCGAUGAUUCUGAGGAACUCAACCUAGACCUUGACCCUUCGCACCCGCGGACUAAACAACGCGGACUAGGACACCUGCACAUCAGUCAUCUGUUGCAGAUGGUGUUGCAGGACGCCCAAACGCGGCUAUUCUUCAAAGCGCAAUCGGUGAUCCAGUCGGAUAUUCGAUACUAUGUGCCUAAGCCGGAGGACCUGGCGUAUCCUGACAAGCUUGUCAAUGCUCGGAAGCCGGCCACUACUUUCGAGAUAAAGGAAAAGGAGAGCAUCAGCCAAUUGUUCCAAAUAACGUCUCUAGAGAAGCGGGAAACGUGGUAUCCUACACUUCAGAAGACUGUUUGGGUGCUGUCUCAGUUACACGACUUCGUCAAGCCAGCUAUUUUCGAAGACAUCGCACAAGAAGCUGUUGGCCUUUGUCGAUAUUCCCUUGUCUCCGCUUCUGAGAAUAUCAAAACGAAGAACUCGUCGACCAGCGUCGUAGACGGAUGUCUCUUCCUUAUCAGACAUCUCCUUAUUCUGAAGGAGAUCACGAACAGUCUCGACUUGGUGCAAAAGGACAUGGGGUUGGACGAAUUCGGCGGAGUAACAGUGCUCGUAGAAACGUUGGCCGCAAUGCUUAACAAAACGACCUCUCUCUUGCCGAGUAACCUAUUUGCGUCGUUGGGCAUGCCGAAGACAGAAGAAAGUAUAUCUGAGGCCAAGCAUGGUAUUGAUCAUGACCUACGGAAUGCUUGCGAAGCUGUCAUAGCAUGCUGCGCCGACCCCAUCACAGAUCCCCUCAUCAAAUGGGUUAUACAAGUCGAUGAAUUCAACGGUGUCCGUCGCGCUCAAGCGCUAGCUACACAAUCCGAUCCAGUGCCCGUAACCGCUCAAGACUUUGCUCAACGUUCAGUCAUCGAGACGCUGGACUCGAACUUCCGCGCCGCAUGCAACAGGGAUUUCAGGGCGACUGUUAUCAGGAUGAAGUUAUAUCUGGAGAGCGACAAGACAGUGGGAGUGUUGGUCGAUCAUAUCAGAGGGAGGAUAUUGGAAGAGUAUUUGGCGUGGAAGGAUAAGGUCUGGAGCGUACAUUCUGGUGAUACGAGAAAUGUUGUGAUGAAGGAGACUGAGGUGAAGGAGAUGUUGGAUGCGAUUUGCAGGGACGGUUCGGAUAGUCCUAGGCAGGCUUGA